AUGUUGCGUUCCAUUACAGAAGACCUGCGGGAAAAGCUUCUACAGUGUCUCCCGACGUACAUGGUGCCCACGCUGUACAUCCCAAUGGAGACGAUGCCCACCAAUGCCUCGGGGAAGCUCGACAGGCGGGCCCUACGCACAUAUCUGGACUGCCUCUGGACAUCAGACCUGCAACAAUAUAUGCCAAACGCAGGGCCUAAAGCAGCGCCCUCGACGGAGAUGGAGCACCGGUUGCGUGACUGGUGGGCCGAAACGCUGGCCAUUGCGCCAGACACCAUCGGCCGCGAGGAUGACUUCUUCCAGAUUGGCGGUGAUUCUGUCGCCGCAAUGCGCAUGGUGGCGCUCCCCGAGGCGCGCGAACACCACCUCACUGUGGCGGAGAUCUUCAAACAUCCCAUUCUCGCGGAUCUCGCCCGGGCUCUGCAAGGACGGGCCAUGGAGACCACGGAGAAGCAUACCGAAGAGGCCGAUUCGGAACCCUUUGCCCUGUGGCAAGUCCCUGAAGACGCGCAAUCGAACGGACGCACUCUUCAACAACGACUCGCGCGCAUUGCCCAACAAUGUGGUGUCACGGUGGAGGAUAUCGAGGACGUCUACCCAUGUACCUCUAUCCAGGAAGGCCUUAUUGCAAUUACCGCACACCAGCCCACAGCCUACGUGAGUCGACAGGUGUACCGACUGGGCGGCUCGAUCGACGUGGAUCGCUUCCAGGCAGCCUGGCACACGUUGGCCACCGUAACCCCCAUCCUGCGCACGCGCAUCGUGGUAAACCCGGAGGAGGACAGUGAGGGCAGAUCGUUGCAAGUGGUGGUUCGACGGCCCCUGGUCUGGCACCACAGCACCGACCUCGACCAGUAUGUAGCUGUGGAUGAGGCGCAGGGCAUCCAACUCGGUCAGCCCCUGGUGCGCUUUGCGCUGGUACAGCAUGCAAACGAACGCUUUCUGGUUUGGACGGCGCAUCACAGCAUCUAUGACGGGUGGAGCGCUGCCCUGCUGUACCGACGUCUAGUUGAUAUCUACCUACACGACCGCAUCCCUCCCAUAGUUCCCUACACCCGGUUCAUCCGGCAUCUGCUGCGCCGUGACCCUACCUCUGACGCUCACUACUGGUCGACGCAGCUCCAGGGAGACCUGGUCGUCAACUGGCCCCCGUUGCCCCGGGCAGACUAUCAGCCCCGGCCCAUGCACCGCGACGUCUAUACGAUGCGCCUGCCGCGCUCGACGAGCCACCACCACUCCGCCUCGCUGCUUCCCACCAUCAUCCGUGCCGCAUGGGCGAUAGUCAUGGCUAAACAGGCGGGUCAAGGCCAUUGCGUGGUGUUCGGGAUGACGCUCGCCGGCCGCAAUCUGCCGGUGUGGCAGGUGGCCGAACUGGCGGCCCCGACGAUCACCACCGUGCCGGUGCGCGUCGACGUCGACCCUAACCAGACAGUGCAUGACUUCCUGCACGCGGUGCAACAGCAGGCGACGGAGAUGAUGGAGUUCGAGCACGCCGGCUUGCACGGGAUUGGCAAGCUGGUGCCCGCGCUGCGCCCCGUGCUCGAGGUGCGCAAUCUGCUGGCCAUCCAGGCGGAUUGGGGUGAUGAGGGGGCUGAGUUGCCCGGUCUGGAGGCGCUGCCGGUGAAUUUGCAGGGCUUCGACAUCUACGGCUUGACUGUGCAGUGCUCGCUCGGCGAGGACUCCAUCACCGUGGAGACGCGCUACGACGAGAAUGUGAUUCCGGGUCCUCACGUCCAGCGACUGGUGCGUGGCUUGGAACAUGUCGUGCAGCAGCUCUACAGCGCCCGCUCCGGCCGCGAGCGAGUGGGCGAUAUCUCCCUUGUCAGCGACGAGGAUAGGGCUUCCAUUCUGCAGUGGAAUCGUGCCGUGCCUCGGCGCAUUGAGCGGUGCAUUCAUCACCUCGUCGCAGAGCAAGUCGCCCAACACCCUGAUGCCCCUGCUAUCUGCGCCUGGGACGGCAAUUUGAGUUAUCAAGAACUGGCGACCCAAGCGAACCAGCUGGCCUGGUAUCUCCAUGGUCUGCAAGUCCACGCGGAGACCAUGGUGGGGGUGUGUAUGGAUAAGUCUAAAUGGGCUGGCUCGGCCAUGCUUGCGGUACUCCAAGCUGGCGGAGUUGUCGUCCCACUGGGGGUGGCCCAUCCCCCGGCUCGUUUGGCCGGUAUCUUGGAGGACACGAAGGCGCAAAUCAUCCUAGUCGAUGCGGAGCAGCGAGACCGACUCGCGAGUCUCUCCGAGAAUAUAGAGCUUAUUGUGGUUGAUGAUACUUUGCUGCACACCCUGCCGCUGCAUGAUGACAUCCUGCAUGCGACUGUCAGCCCGGAGAACGCGGCCUGGGUCAUUUAUACGUCAGGCAGUACAGGGAAGCCCAAGGGAGUAGUCCUGCAACAUCGCGCUCUGUGCAGCAGCAUCCAGGCCCACGGGGCCCGGUUUUCUAUGGGGUCGCACACGCGUACGCUCCAGUUUGCUGCUCAUACCUUCGAUGCCUGUAUCCAAGACUACUUCACCACCCUCACCUGGGGCGGCGUGGUCUGUGUGCCCAGCGAGGCCGAUCGCAUGAGCAACCUGACGCGGGCGAUGCAAGCGAUGGGCGUGACGUUCGCAACCCUGACUUCAACGGUGGCCCGGCUGAUUCAUCCCCCAGAGGUACCAUCGAUGCGGCAGCUGGCCUUGGUCGGCGAACCGGUCAAGCCAGACGUGGUCGCGCAGUGGCUGCCCUAUGUCACUGUGCUGAACGCCUACGGCCCAUCGGAAUGCUCGAUCCACUCGAGUUGCAGUCCACCCUUGACCGAUCCCAAGCAGGCCGCCAUCAUCGGCACCGGCAUGGGCACGCGGCUGUGGGUCGUCGACGUGGCCGACUAUCACCAGCUGUGCCCAAUCGGGGCGCCCGGCGAGCUUCUGAUUGAAGGGCCGUUGCUGGCACGCGAGUAUCUGAACGAUGAGGCCAAGACCCGAGCGGCCUUCGUCGUCGAACCGGCAUUUCUCCACGAACUCGCGCUCUACGACGACCCAGCUGGCCACCCAGCCCACCGACGGCGACGCAUGUAUCGGACAGGAGAUCUGGUGCGUCAAAAUGAGAAUGGAUCUAUCACGCACCUCGGCCGACGUGACACGCAGAUCAAAAUCCGCGGCCAGCGGGUCGAGGUCGGUGAAAUCGAGUAUCAAAUCACCCAGGGGCUGCCGGGUACACGGUCUGUAGCAGUGGAACUAGUGCAGGACCCAGGCGCUGAAUCGGUCAGUCUGACUGCGGUUGUGGAUUUCCACGAAGGCGUGGCUCAUCGCAAGGGAGCUACCCUGGCGCAUGGGUUACUGCAGCCCACGACGGCCCUCAACACGGCCCUACGACAACUGCGCGGCACCCUGUUCCAGCUGCUGCCGACGUACAUGGUCCCGGCGGUGCUGCUCCCAAUUCUAGAGAUGCCGUUGAAUGGCUCGGGCAAGCUGGACCGUCGCGCCAUCAGAGAUCUAGUGACAGCCAUCUCCCCAGCGGACCGCCAGCCCUAUCUGUCGGCGGGCGAAGAACUCGCCGUCGAGCCGGCCACGCCUCUCCAACGCCAGUUGCAGGGGCUCUGGGCCACCGCCUUGCGCUUAUCUGUCUCCCAGAUCAGUGUCCACGACAACUUCUUCCAGAUCGGCGGCGACUCGGUGGUCGCGAUGCGCAUGGUGGCGAGCGGGGCGGGCCGCGAACUGCAAGUCACCGUGGCGGAUCUCUUUCAGCAGCCCCGACUGGUGGAUCUGGCGGAGCGCUUGAGCAACCGAGUGCAGGCCCAGAGCCCAGAGACUCGGGAGCAUGCGGAUCCCGAGCGGUUCUCCUUAUGGUUGGAAGUUGACCGCGCCGACGAGGCGCAGGUGCAAGACCAGCUGCAGGAGAUCGCGAAGCAAUGCGGGACACCCGUGGAGAAGAUCCAGGACGUUUAUCCGUGCACGCCCCUGCAGCAAGGGCUCAUGGCCAUUACAGGUCAACAGUCCUCGGCGUAUGUCAAUCGCCAAGCCUUCACGCUGGACCCGAGUCUGGAUCUCGAUCGCUUCCAGGACGCCUGGCGGUCGCUGGUGGCCGUGACGCCUAUCCUCCGGACGCGCAUUGUCGUCGGCGGCGAGGCUGCCACGGCUCUGCACCAGGUCGUCCUUGAUGAGGAAAUUGUCUGGCACCACAGCAGCAGUCUUGAAGACUAUCUGCGCGCCGACCAGCAGGAGGAAAUGGGAUUGGGAACGCCGCUUGCACGAUACGGGUUGGUGAAAGACCAGGAGUCCGGCGGGCGGUUCUUUGUGUGGACAGCUCACCACAGCUUGUACGAUGGAUGGAGCACCCUUCUGCUGUAUCGACAUCUUGCGAAUAUCUUCCAGACCGGCGAAGUGCCCAUCUCGGUGCCGUUCACUCGAUUUCUCCGGUUUCUCCGUGACCACGAGGAGGAAGAGGAGAACGAUAAUGGUAGAGCACAGGAUCGGGCGGCGUACUGGACACAUCAGCUCCAAGGAGACGUGAUGAGCAACUGGCCUCCCCUGCCUCAUAUCGACUAUCGGCCUCGUCCGGGGUUGGAACGCACACGUCAAGUCUCGCUGCCUGCCCACGGGUCCGGCGGCGACAUGGUGACUGCAUCCAACGUGCUUCGGGCUGCCUGGGCGCUGCUAAUGGCCCAAUACUCGGGCCACGACGAUGUCGUCUUCGCCGCCACAGUAUCAGGUCGGAACGCUCCGGUCCAAGGGAUUGAAAGCAUUGUGGCGCCCACGAUUACCACCGUCCCCGUGCGCGUGCAUAUUGAUUGGACGCAAGAGGUGACCUCGUUUCUUGCCGCGGUGCAAGAGCAGGCCGCGCAAAUGAUCGACUACGAGCAUACAGGACUACAGACAAUCAAGACCCUCAUUCCGCCGGAAUCCGCCCCGACCCUCGACCUGCGAAAUGUGCUAGUGGUGCAGACCGCCGAUGAGGCCGAUGCCCUGCUCCAAUUCCCCGGCGUCCAGCCGUUGACAACCAGCGGGGCGGGCACCGAAUUCGACAGCCAUGCCCUAACUGUGGACUGCACGCUGAGUCCCACCGACCUACGCGUCGCCAUUAGGUACGAUGAAAACAUCGUGCCUACACAUCAGGUGGACCGAAUUCUCGCGCAUCUCGUCCACCUCGUUCAGCAGUUAUAUAACCCCGCCUGCGUCCAAUCCCGCCGUCUGGGCGAUCUCAGCCUGAUCAGCCCAGCGGACCAACAGCUGAUCAUUGAGCACAAUGCACAAGUCGACAUCUCUCGUGUCGAUGGGAUCAUCCACGAGCUAUUCCACAAGCAGGUGCUCGCACGCCCUGGCGCCCCAGCCGUCUGUGGCUGGGAUGGGGACCUGACAUAUCAGGAAUUGUUCGACGAGGCGAUCCGCCUGGCGCACUUCCUUGUGGACGUCCGCGUCGGUCCCGAGAUAAAGGUCGGUCUGUGCAUGAAUAAGUCGAGAUGGGCAAUUGUGGCGAUGCUUGGCACAUUGUUCGCGGGGGGCGUAAUCGUGCCUCUCGGGGUGACGCAUCCUCUCUCGCGAAUCGAGGUGAUUGUCCACGACACCGCGGCCGAUGUUGUUCUUGUGGACGCUGAGCAGCACGCGCGACUCAGCCCCAUGGCUCUCCCUAUUCGCUUGGUUGUCGUCGACGGCAGCCUUCGCAUGACCCUGCCAGCGCAGACCCACGCUCCCGUCACCAGCGUGUCGCCUGACAAUGCCGCCUGGAUUAUCUACACCUCGGGCAGCACAGGAACUCCCAAAGGCGUGGUCCUGGAGCACGGCGGCCUGUGCACGAGCAUGCAAACACAGGCCCUGAAGAUGCAGAUUACCAGCAAGACCCGCGCGCUGCAGUUCUCACCGUUCACCUUUGAUGUCAGUAUCUCCGAUGUCUCAGCCACACUCAUCUACGGAGGCUGCGUGUGUAUCCCGUCCGAGGGUGACCGGCUCAAUGCCCUUGCCGCCACCAUCUGCAGGAUGCAGGUCAAUUUCGCCAGUCUGACCCCUACCGUGGCCCGAUUGCUGUCUCCUGCGGACGCCCCGUCGCUCCGCACCCUGGCCUUGACCGGCGAAGCCCUUACGCCAGAAGUCAUCGCGCUCUGGAGUCUGCCCGGCGUCGCCAUCUACAACACCUACGGCCCGUCCGAGGGAUCAGUCUGCACUGCGCAUGGACCGCUGUUGCGCCCUGAGGAGGCACUAACAAUUGGCACCCCCAUGGCGACGCGUCACUGGGUGGUCCAUCCGCAUAGUCAUCACCAGUUGUGUCCCAUCGGUGCGCCGGGAGAAUUGCUGAUUGAGGGCCCACUGAUGGCCCGAGAGUAUCUGAACAACCCUGAGAAGACGGCCGCAGCCUUUGUGGCCACGCCGGCUUUCUUGUUCUCGCCUUCGGGCUAUCGCAUCUAUCGUACCGGUGAUCUGGUCUGCCAGCACGCGGAUGGAUCCUUCACCUACCUCGGACGACGAGACACGCAGGUCAAGAUUCGGGGCCAACGCGUGGAGAUCGGCGAGAUCGAACACCAGAUCAUGCAGCAGUUGCCCGACGCGCAGACCGCCGUGGUGCAUCUGCUCGAGCACGACGCCAAGAUGUCUCUGGUGGCUGCUAUUGAGUUCCGCAAAGAAAGCGAGCAGACCGAGGAUGCAGUCCUGACGACCCUGCCUCCCACACCGGCCCUACGCUGCGCCUUCAAGGCCCUGCGGCAAGGGCUGCUCAAUGUCCUCCCGACAUAUAUGGUGCCUGCGAUGUAUGUGCCGGUCACAGCAAUCCCGCUUAACGUGUCA